AUGUGUCUAUCAUAUUGGUACGACGACCGAGGUGCAGCCUCGAAUCCCCUGGUCAAGAACCUGAUCAAUGGGAUGGGCAUUGGCUGCUAUUUCGCCGGGCCUUUUGAGGUCAUCACGGGGCGUUCUAUGCUGUCUGGCAAAGGAGAUGCAGCAAUCUGGGUGCUCAUGAUCAUGGGAGCCAUCGCCACGACUAGCCAUGCUCAGGAUCUCAGAGACAAGGAGGGAGACAGGGCGGCUGGAAGGGAGACUCUGCCAAACAUGGUGGGGGAUAUGAACGCCAGACUGCUUGCCGUGUUGGGCAUCAUUGGCUGGACAUGCAUAGCCGCGUCAUACUGGGGUGUAGGCUGGAUGAAAGGAGGGAUUUCGGGUAUCGCAGGGGCUGUGAUGGCAGGAAACAUGCUUCGGGACAGGACGCGGACAGGUGACAUUCUCACCUGGAAGUUCUUCCCCCUGUGGAUGUUCGGACUAUUCUUGAUGCCUGUUUGGGCCCAGUAG